AUGUCUCCAUACUCUCUUGCAUUUGGAAAAGCCUAUCAUUUACCUUUAGAGUUGAAGCACAAGGCGUUUUGGGCAGUUAAGAAGUCAAACAUGAACUUAGACGCCACAGGCGCUCAACGCAAACUUCAGCUCAACGAGCUCGAGGAGUGGAGAUUGAAUGCGUACGAGAACAACAAGCUGUACAAAGAAAAGACAAAGCGAAAACUAAAAUCCAGGUCGUCAGGACCCUUUAUCAUUAAGACAAUCUUCCCAUAUGGAGUUGUGGAAAUAACACGAGAAGAUGGCACCAACGCAUUCAAAGUAAACGGCCAAAGAGUGAAGCCUUACUUUGAAGAUGGACUGGAAUGCCAAAAGUCAUCUCUCACACUAUGCGAAGCCAGUUGA